AUGCUUGCCAAAGUCACCUCACUUGCACAGAAUGAAGAGAACCUGCACCGUGUCAUGGAGGAGAAUCGGCGCCUCCAGAGAACAGUGGAGGAGGUGAGCAAUCAGCUUCGCCGAAUUCAGGCCGAGUCUGUAGCAGAGGCGGACAAACAGGCUCGUCUGGAUCGCGAUCGCGAUGACGAGAUUCGCCGACUUCAGAGUCAACAGGUCAGAUUGCAGGAGGAAUUGGAGCGAAAACGAUCUACAGAAGGGGAUACAAGAAAACUGGCGACGACAGUUAGUUUUGCCAUGGCAUUCGAAUUACUUUCAUCUGAUUCAUGUCACUAG